AUGUACUGGACGAUGAAGAACGACGAGCUGGCCAAGGGCGACCUCGAGCGAGCUGUUACCUGUCGCGACUGUGAGCCGCAGGAUCCUGCGCGUGAACUACCCCAGGCCGGCGGCGCCGACGAGGGCGGUGUUGUGUUCGGCCGGGACCGCCGCGGCCACGAGCUUUUGAGACGAAGCGACGACGAGAGCGGAGAAGAGUCGCAGCCGCUCACGGCUGGCCUUGUCGAGGAGCGCAACAAGAAGAAUCAUCACAAUCACCAUCAACAUCACCAUCACCAUCAUCAAAGCAGACACCACCAAGCCAGCCUGCUCGACUACAUCGCGGGUCUGCGGUACUACGAGGAGCGACAGCUGUACCACAUCUUUCUCCUGCGCAAGCGCGAUCCGUCGUUCCGGGUCAUCUUCGUGUCAUCGGUCGACAUCCCUCACGAGGUGAUCGCCUACUACUUCCGCCUCAUGCGCUCCACUGGCAGCUUUACGGAUGAAGAUGAGGCGAGCUGGUGGGAGCGGCUGGUGCUGCUGCCUGUGCGCGACGCGUCGCCCACGCCGAUAACCAAGAAGAUCUUGCGCCACCCGACUUUCCUGUCCCAAGUGCGCUCCCACACUUCGCCCGACACGGGCAUGUUCUGCGUGUUCACGACCGGCCGGGAGGAGAAAAUCGCUUCAUCACUGCGGGUUCCGCUGUUGGCCGUACGAAAGAAUUGCCUCCACUUUGGGACCAAGAGCGGGUCGCGCGAGGCCUUCCUGCGCACGGGCGUUCCGCACCCGCAGGGAACGAAGCUCUGCCAUUCCAAGCGCGAGCUGGCCCAGGAGAUGGCCGGCCUGUGGCGCUACCUCAAGGCCAAGUACCAGCGGCUCACCGCUCACCACACCAACGGCAGCAAGGGGUUGUGGCGUGCGUUGAUGCCGCGAAAGGUGGUGAUUAAGCUGGACGAUGCGUUCUCCGGCGAGGGCAACGCGCUGCUCGACAUCACCGAGUUGCACGCCUACCGGGGCGACAACCACUCCACCCAGUUCGUGGACCUCAUCGAGCAGCAGUUCACGCACGAGCGCACGCGAUUCCAGGCCGUCGAAGAGUGCUGGGACACGUUCGCUCCCAAGUGCGCGUCUGUCGGCGUGCUCGCUGAGAUCUUCCUCGACUCAUCGGACCACGUCAACGACGGCCAGGUCCAUCUCAUGGCGACCCACGAACAGAUGAUGGGCGGGCCUGACGGCCAAAACUACCAGGGCUGCGUGUUCCCUGCGCAGUCGACCUACCGCCUCACCAUCCAAUCCAACGUUCGCAAGGUGGGCCAAUAUUUGGCCUCGCAGGGCGCUAUCGGCCACUUCUCGGUCGACUUCCUCGCCAGGCGCGUCGACCUCUCCAACCCGAGCACGCCGGUGCGACUGGUGGCCGAGCGCCACACCCCGGAGACCUCGGUCUGCGAGGAUGAGGCCGACAUGGUCGAGGCCAACUGCGCCUUCGACGAGGACGGCUAUCUUUGGGACUUGCACGCGCUCGAGAUCAAUCUUCGCCCCGGAGGAGCAACGCACCCGAUCAUGACCCUCAACCUCCUGACCGAUGGGUACUACGACGAGUCCACCGGCCUGUACACCCUCGACGAGGACAGCCCCACCUACGAGGGGCUCCUCGACGACCAGAAGAAGCACCGGUACUACGUGGCCAGCGACAACGUCAAGCAUACGGCCUUCGUAGGCAUGACGCCGGGCGAGAUCAUCGGCCUCUUCGAAGGCCACCCGCUUGAAUUCGACGGCCGACGCGCCACCGGCACGAUCUUCCACAUGCUGAGCUGCGCGCGCGAGUACGGCAAGCUGGGGAUGGUGUGCAUCGGCAGCUCCCCCGCCGAAGCUCGGGCCAUCUACGACGCCACCUUCCAGCGCCUCCUCGACUCACGCCAGCACUCCUCACCCUUCUCCUCCUCCACCAUGUAA